UGUGUGUGUGUCUGUGUGUGUGAGAGAGAGAGAGAGAGGAGGAGGAGGAGCACCGCUGAUGAAGAUCCGGAGCGUUUGUACCGGAAACGACAACAGCAGAGCUCCGUGUGUCAGCUGUGAGUAUCCUCUGCUGCUCCUCCGGUCCGACCGGGACCGCGCCUGGAGAGUGCUGGAAAGUUUUUGAAUGGCACACAAAGAGGAAGAGUGAGAAAAGUACUGAGUUUAGAAGUACUCUGUUACAGUAAAAGUACAGGAGUGUGCUGUGCGGUUAUGAGAAGUCACAAGUGUCACUGCAGGUGUGACCAGUGGGAGUCUGCACAUGCUCAGUUCGACCCUCUCCUGGGUAGACAGUAGGAGCUUGGACCAUUUGUUUUGGAGGUAAGGUGAUGGAUGCAGAGAGCGGGGAGCUGUUUCUCGGCGUCAUGGCAUCCGGGAGCUGGCAGCUCGACGGUCCGUUCUCCUCCUCAGAGCUCAUCCCGGCCGGCUCAGAGAAACCCCUGCAGGACUGGGCGGUGGACCCCGAGUGUAUUCUCAAUGACAGCGACUCCGAGGACGUCCUCCACGCCGUCAAUCCAAACGAGGUGUUUCCCAGCGGGCCACCGGCUGACCCGUCAUCAGAGAGCGACAGCGGGAUCUCCGAGGACCCCGCCAUCGAGAGUCCUGUCACCACGGUGACUGCAGCGGGCACCCAGCUGGCGCCAACGACAGUUUACCAGCUGGUUUAUGACAUCAGCGGGCUGGACGGUGCUAAGACUGGAGCUGGACAGGAGAACAUCAUCUCCAUCGAGCUCGAUCAGUGGAGCUCUCAGCUGCUGCUGUCGGACUCGUGCGUCGUGAGCGAACUACCUGUGGUUUCGGCGCCGCGGCUUGCCGUCCCUCCUCCCAGCCUCGACGACGACCUGCUGUGCCUGGAUCUUCAGCUGACCGAGGAGGAGCAGAAGCUGCUGACCCAGGAGGGCGUGUCGCUGCCCAGCAACCUCCCCCUCACCAAGGCCGAGGAGCGAAUUCUGAAGAAGGUCCGGAGGAAGAUCCGCAACAAGCAGUCGGCUCAGGACAGCCGGCGGCGGAGGAAGGAGUACAUCGACGGGCUGGAGAGCAGGGCGGCGGCGUGCUCGAUGCAGAACAAAGAGCUGCAGCGGACGGUGGAGCAGCUGGAGAAACGUAACAACUCUCUGCUGGCUCAGCUGCAGCAGCUUCAGUCUCUCAUCAAGCAGACGGUCAGUAAAGGAGCCCAGACCAGCACCUGCCUACUGAUCAUCCUCGUCUCUCUCGGUCUGAUCAUCCUGCCGAGCUUCAGCCCGUUCAGCCGCCACCGUGCAGACGACGACUACAGACCCACAGGAGUGAUUUCCAGAAACAUCCUGACGGAUCCGUCGUCCUCUCAGCCGACCUCAGACGACGCCUACGGUGCGACGUCCCUGCAGUCUGAGUCCCCCGCUCUCAGCCAAUCAAAACCUCCUGAGGGAACGUCGAAUCUCCCAGAACCAACAGAAAACCACGAACACGCAGCCGCAGACGGUACGGAGGGGAGCCGGUCGGGAAACGGCUCGGUGGUUGCUGCCGAGCAGACGGAACCCGGCGCCCUCGGCCAGAAGUCGACAGUCCGAGGAGGACGGCGCGAUCAGGCCAAACCGGGACACGCCGAUGAGAUGUAGAAACCGGACUUCCUGUUUUGAAGGAAAAAAACCCGACCUGCCCAAUCGAUCAGCUGAUCGGUGCUGAUUUAUGGUGGUGGAUUUCAAAUGAUCAAAAACACCAGACGGUAUUAUUCACGCCGAAACAAACCCUGUUAGCAUCUACGGACAUCCAGCACGAAGGUGAAGGUUCAAACUCGCCGUGGCUUUUCACCGUCGCCUGUUAGCAUGCUAAGUCACGAGUACGCCAAAAGUCUUUGUUUGUUUAAUAAAUAAAAGGUUUUCUUCACAAAUAUGUGAGCAAACGUUACUUGUUUGAGUUGCAGCGUUGCUCACACGCCACGUAAACGUGUGGAUGUUAGCAGCGCGGUGCGGCGACCGCUUUUCUUUUUCUUUCUGGGAUGAAAAAUGAAUCAGUUGUGACGUCUGGAGUGAUUAUUGCCAAGUUUGAUUUUUUCUUGUAGCGUGUCCUGAUCAUAAAGGAGCUAAAUCAUCUACAAACUGCUGCGAGGAGCUCGUGCACCUUUGUGACACGUGGUGACCUCAUCAUUUCAGACUUUGGCCACGCUGAAUGUGCAGAGCGCCCCCUGAAGUGAAACGUGUGUAAAUGUCUUUCUGGGUGAAUUAAACUGUUUUUGCUGAUCUCA